GAGCCGCGCGGUCCUAGAGCCGCUAGCCUUCGGGGUGGGUUGGGUGCUGGCAGCGCCGCUUCCGCGGGUGGGCAAGGGCGGCGGCGGGGAGACACCUCCCGGGCUGGAUGGAGCUCGUUUGUCCCUGUGGAGACUGACACACACACACACACACACCCCCUAUAGAAAAUGCCCCCUCCGUCUGCGAGGCCCCGCAGACCGCUCCCUGGCAGCGGCCCCUCGCCGUUCCUGCACCCGCGACGGAAGUAGGAGAAGGGCGGCCCUGGCCGGCGCGGCGCUGCUCUGCCCGGAAGCUCACCGCCUCCUCGUGAUUGCGCAGCGCAGGCCCCAGCCGAGCCCCGGUGCAGGGGGGCACAUCCCCUGCAGGCAGCCACAGCCGCAGGGCGGCCGCCCCGAGAUGAAGAGAGCCGGGAUGCUGCGGCAGGUCUCCGACUUCAGUGACUUCAGCCGAGGCCAUUGGCUGCAGGAGCUGCUGUGCCAGGGAGAUGAGCCCAGACACAUCCAGUCCAGCCCCGAUGGGCAGCACCUUUUAGUCCUGCAGAAGAGCCGGCCGCCCCCCCUGCCCCGGGUGGUGGCCUUCCAGCGCCACUGCAUCGGUGGAGCCGACCUGGAGAGGAACUGGCAGCCGCCCCAGCCAGCCCUUGUGGGACUGCUCUUCCUGCAGAGCCCUCUGAUACUGGGCUCCUGGGUACUGGCCAUCGUGUGGGAGCAUGGACGAACUGAGGUCUGGCACUUUGUGGUGGCUGUGGGCUGGCAGCUGCUGCAAACGCUGGAGCUCUGCCAGGGUGUUCGGGCACGAAUCGUCUCUGUGUGCAGCCAGGGAGCCAGCCUGGUGUGGUGUGAGGAGAGGCCUCCCCUGGAUGCCCACUCGGACAUGAGCAAGUGUGCCUUCAGGUUCUGCAUCUGCACCCGGGCUCUGGAGGUGGGGGAGCAAGGUGUGCGGUUGGGCACCGUAGGGAUAGUCCUGCACAACAGCCCUGAAUAUCAGGUCCUGGCAUCCCCCCAGCACAUCUUCUUGGUGCCUGCCACUGCCACCUUUGCCACCACUUCCAAAUUCCUCCUCAUCUGGCAUCCAGAGAAGGCAAAGCUCACCAUUACAGCCCCCUCUGCAGGCUUCAUCCACAGAAAGGUGUUGCAUUCCAGCAGCAAGUCAGACUUCAGGAAGCUCCUGCUCGGUUCUGUGGGUGUUCUCUCAGGUUUGGCACCUCUGGACAUUCACACCUCUGCUGUUUCCAACAGUGGGGGUCUGCUGCUGCUGAGCACAAAGGGUACUGUGACCAUGGUGGAGCCAGAUGGGACACAGAGACAUAUCUUUGACCUAGAGGGGUGUCCUGUGGCCCAAGGAAAUCAUGUCCAGCUGAAGACCUUUGGCAGUAUCCUGGCCUGUGUGCUCGCUGGGGUCUUGUAUCUGGUGGACCAGAACACUGGAAGGCUCAUAGAAAAGAAAAUCCUGAGCAUGAAAGAAGUGCAUUUGCUGGAGUCCCCGGGAGAGGAGGACAGCAUCCAGCUCCUUACUCAAACUGGCAUCUACAGCUUUAGCUUCUCCAAGUCUGAGGACAGCAGCAGACCUGAGCCAUGCCUGGUGGAGAUGGUGUUUGAGGAAGCCUGCAGAUACUACCAAAGGAGAAGCCUCAGCACCUCCAAGCUGACAGUGGAGAAGUUGAAGAAAGAUGGUGUGUUCCAGGCUCCUGUGGCCCUUGCCACCAUCCUGCAGCACAGCCUCCACCAGAAGCAAAAGCCAGCCCGAGGUCUUCAAGACACUUAUGCCAAACUGUUGAGCACAAUGAGCCUGGAGCUGCAGAGCUUCAUGAGCCUGGAGGUCCUGAAGACCUGUGUGGUGUGUGCCCCAGAGAGUGAAGUGGAAAGCUACUGCAGUGAACUGGUGGAGCAGGAGGUCAGCCGUGUUCUGCACUCUGAGGUGGACAAGGACAACUUGGCCUACCUGAACUCCAUUUUUGCCUCCUUCCCCAGAGCUGCCUGGAAGGCCACAAAGAGCUGCCUGCAGCUGCAGCAGAAUGGGGAUGGCCUCUUGGUAGCCAGAGCCACCCCAGAGGUGUGGAAGAAGGUCCUGGGAGGGCCGCAGCAGGAGGAGCUGGGUCAGAAUGGGGUGGUCCCACUCUUUGAGCUCAUCUGUGCUUCCUUCCUGAGGUUCAAACCCAAAUGGCUGGCCAGUUUUGUGGAGCUGACCCAACAGUAUGUUAGCAUCUCUUGGGCAUACAGCAGCAAGGACAGCCCAGAGGGCCGGGUGCCACUGUACAAGAGAGCAUUGGGAGUACUGGCCAAGAACAAGCACAGCAUGGCAGAUGAUGAGAUGGAGCUUGAACUGCUGCUCUGUAGCAAGAGGCCAAAGGCUGUGCUGCAAGCUCUGCACCUUCUCAUCCGAAUGAAGCGGUGGCAGCGGGUGGUGGAGGUGGCAGAGAAGUUCUCCAAGUUCAGCCCUUUGCUUAACAAGGAAAUAUUCACCACACUGCUGGCAGAGUUUGCCCAGCACAGGGAGCUGGACCCUUAUCUGGACUCGCUGUGGCCACUGUGCCCCCCUGAGCUCACUGCCUCAGACAUCCUCACUGUGGUCCUACAGCACCUCCCUCACUCCCAGGAGGACCCAGUGCCCUUCUCCAGUGAGGGGAACCAGCUGACUGUAGGCUUGCUCAAGCCACUACUGCAAAGGGUUGUGCAGCGUCCCUGCGUCCAGGAUGAGAUGUACCUGGAUGCCUUACAGAGCUCCACUUUCCCCCCUCCUACCCCACCCCGAGAGCACAAGAUCCCCUCAAAAGCAGCUGAUGAUGAUGCCCCUCAGCCAUCCAUGCGAAGGACUUCCUCCCCCUCAGCAUGGUUACAAGGUGACAGUGUGUGAAGGGGGAGGGUACAACUGGAUCCCAAGCCUUGGGUGCACAAGGAUGAAAGCUUCAUCCUCCCAAGGAAGUCCUGCCCUGACUGGCAGUACAGAAGCCUGCUCCUGUGGCAGCAUCUCAAAGAGUGUGUUGGAUGGCUGGGGUUGGGGGAUCUCAUCUGAAGCCAGGGCAGGCUUUCUGGCUAUUUCUAGCAAGUGCAAUUGUGUGUGCCCCAGUGGAGGAGCAAAUGCCAGGUGUAUUUGCAGAUGAAAGCACUGGCUGCACUACAGGCCUACAGAACUGCUCCCUGCCCAAAGCACUUUGUUUCCAAUUUGCUGGCUCCUUUAUACGUUCACUGAUCCUCUAGGAAUGGUGGGCAGGGACACACACAGUCUUUCCUCCCCCCACAAUACUCAGUGGGUUUUGUGAUGGCCCCAAACUCCGCCUGUGGGAAACUGGGCAUGUUUCUUGCAGUGAGGUCACCAAGUGCUGCCGCACUGGGCUCAGUCAGGUGCCUGAAUGCUAGCAUGAUACAGCUCCGCGGUACUGGGGGUCCCAGCACACGCACUGGCAGCUGCAGCGCUUUGUAUGCUAUCUGGCUGCAGUUCCCCUGGGAUCAAUCCUGUAGCUGUGACUGAUUGCAGCUACUUAGCUGAAGAGAGCAGCCUAAUUCCCUUAUCUCACUAUCCCAGGCGGUACCCAAACUCUCUUAGCUGAGAAGCUGGCAGCAGCCUGUACGAGCCAGGGGCUGGCCCUGCCUCUCCCUUUCCUUUGUGGAAGCUUAGAUUAUGCUGCAGGACACUUGGGCCCUCUGUUCCCAUCUCCUCUACCUUUGCCCUUUGCACACAAAAGGGGCUUUGUCAGGGUUGUCUGGCUCAUAUUGUGCCUCUCUUUGCAAAGUCUGUGUAACUUGAGAGGAGUUGUGCAGGAAGAUCCAGGUUCCAGCCUCUCUCUGGUGUUCGCUGCCUGGCCCACUCCUUCAGGAGAGAGACCCUGGCUAUGGCUUUGCCCCUGCAUUCCAGGCUGUGGUGUGAAGGAGCUGUCCCUGGGCAGGCCCUGCCUCAUUAGAGCAGGGCUAAGUGGAAGACAGACUGACUCCUUUUGA